UCUGUUGUAUUGCUCGACGCUUCGCCGAGUGAAAUUUUACCUCUCAUCAGGCACAAAUUUUUAUUGAUGGCUCCUGUCUCAAAUCCAGAUAAGGACAUGGACGGUGGAGAUUGUGAUGCGUCCGACACGUGUGGCAUUGCCACUUCACGUUCCAGGCGGGAGAAAAAAGAGAAAGUGGGACGCAAGUCUGCUUUAGAGCAACUUAAACGAGCCAAGAAGGGAGAGAAGGUUAAAUAUGAGGUGGAGGAGUUCACCAGUGUCUAUGAGGAGGUGGAUGAAGAGCAGUACUCAAAAAUAGUGCGGGAGAGACAGGAUGAUGAUUGGAUCAUUGAUGACGAUGGGACAGGGUAUGUGGAGGAUGGCAGAGAAAUCUUUGAUGAUGAUUUGGAUGAUGACGCAUUUGAGAAGGACCCUAAAAGUAUGUAUUUUUGCUCUCUCUUUGACUGUAAACAAGGCGGAAAGGCAGGGGAUUCGAAAAUGAAUGUGAAAAAAGUGUCUGUCUGUAAACCCAACAGCAUUAACAUGUUCAUGAAUAGCAAUGUGAAGAAACCUGCUGAGAAACAUGUGGAUUUGUCUCAAGAUGAUCUACUGGGAGAUAUUCUGCAGGACCUUCACUCUGAGAAGCCAGUUUUGCUCACUCCACCACCAGUCAUUACUUUAAAGAAGAAGAAAACGGGAUCCCCUAUGAAUCCAUUUUCUGUCAAACCACAGGUUCCAAAGAUAUCACCUGAAGUACAAAGUGCGAAGCCCAGACCUGUGGUGACGCGGGUUCCUCCAGCUGACCCUUCACCCAGGUCAUCUGCUCACGUUCAACCUAGUAAACCAGCUGCUACACCGAUAAAGAAGCCCAAGACAGAAGAGCCUGAAGAAGAGGCGAUUGAGUUUGAUGAGAUGGACUUUGAUGAGCCCAUGGAGGCAGAGAACAUUGAGGAGGAGCCAGUGAAAGUGAAGGCGGAGCUUGAGACCACACCCACUGUUAAAGUGGAGCCCAAGACUGAGCCACAGGAUGAGAUGUUGAUAUCUGGACUGGGUGGUGGUAUGGGCUGGGAGCAGAUUGAGGAGGGGGAAGAUAUUGAGACUCCUGUGGAAGUGCAGGUGGACUCCAGCCAACUUCCGCUGAUGGAGGGACCUGACGGAGAUAUGGUCUUCCGCUUCUACUGGUUGGAUGCUUUUGAAGACCAGUACAGCCAACCUGGUGUGGUUUACCUGUUCGGAAAAGUCUGGAUUGAGUCAGCUAAAGCAUAUGUCAGCUGUUGUGUUGCUGUGAAAAACAUUGAGAGAACAAUGUAUCUGCUUCCCAGAGAACAUAAAGUGAAUCUGGCAACUGGUGAGCAGACAGACGCUCCAGUAGGAAUGAUGGAUGUGUAUGAGGAGUUUAACAGUCUGUCUGAGAAGUUCAAAAUCAUGAAGUUUAAGUCCAAGCCAGUGACAAAGAACUAUGCCUUUGAAAUCCCAGAUAUCCCUUCACAGUGCGAGUACCUCGAAGUCAAAUACUGUGCUGAACUUCCUACUUUGCCAUCUGAGCUGAAGGGGUCUACGUUUUCCCACGUGUUUGGAAUCAACACCUCCAGUUUAGAACACUUCCUUCUCAACAGGAAGAUGCGUGGACCUUGCUGGCUUGAUGUGAAGACCCCUCAGCUAAGCAGUCAGCCUAUUAGCUGGUCUAAGGUGGAGGCGGUUGCACAGAAGAUUGACCUGAUCUCAGUAGUUAAAGACCUGCCGCCACCUCCUCUGGUUGUCAUGUCCAUAAGCCUAAAGACUGUGCAGAACCCAAAGACCCACCAGAAUGAGAUUAUUUCCCUUGCUGCCCUCAUUCAUCAUAAAUUUCCUCUGGACAAAGCUCCACCGCGGCCCCCAUUUCAGACCCAUUUCUGUGUGCUGAGCAAGCCCAACGACUGUAUCUUUCCAUAUGACUUUAAGGAUGCGGUUAGGAAAAAGAACGGUAUAGUGGAGAUUGCUGGUACAGAGCGUACACUUCUGGGCUUCUUCUUGGCCAAAAUGCACAAGAUUGAUCCAGAUGUCUUAGUUGGCCAUGACAUCUUUGGAUUUGACCUUGAAGUGCUCCUGCAGAGAAUCAGUGUGUGUAAAGUACCUCACUGGUCAAAGAUUGGUCGUCUAAGAAGAGCCAACAUGCCCAAACUGGGGGGUCGCAGUGGCUUUGCUGAAAAGAGUGCCACUUGUGGACGUCUGGUUUGUGAUGUUGAGAUCUCUGCCAAGGAGCUGAUUCGGUGUAAGAGUUAUCACCUGACUGAGCUGACUGCUCAGAUCCUAAAGACCGAGAGGGUGAUGGUGCCACCAGAGAACAUCAGGAACUUCUACAGUGAUUCCCCACACUUACUCUACCUUUUGGAGCUCACCUGGAUGGAUGCCAAACUGAUUCUUCAAAUCAUGUGCGAGCUGAAUGUGCUGCCGCUAGCAUUGCAGAUCACUAACAUCGCCGGUAAUGUCAUGUCUCGUACUUUGAUGGGAGGGCGCUCUGAGAGGAACGAAUACCUACUGCUCCAUGCUUUCCACGAGAAGAACUUCAUUGUUCCAGACAAACAAUUCUUCAAGAAACCACAGCAAGAUCUGGGUGAGGAUGAGGAUAUUGACUCAGGGAAGGGCAAGUCCAACAAAACAAGGAAGAAGGCAGCGUAUGCUGGAUGUUUGGUGCUGGAUCCAAAAGUUGGUUUCUAUGACAAGUUCAUUCUCCUGUUGGACUUCAACAGUUUGUACCCCUCCAUCAUCCAGGAGUUCAACAUCUGCUUUACUACCAUUGAGAGAGGAACGAGCAACGCACUCAAGAAAACGGAGGAGGAUGACGAUGAGAUUCCUGAGCUGCCAGAUCUGAGUCUGGAGAUGGGCAUUCUUCCCAAAGAAAUUCGAAAACUGGUGGAGCGCCGACGACAGGUCAAACAGCUAAUGAAGCAAGCGGAUCUCAACCCCGACCUGUACCUGCAAUAUGAUAUCAGGCAGAAGGCCCUGAAGCUGACAGCUAACAGCAUGUAUGGAUGCCUUGGGUUUUCCUUCAGUCGCUUUUAUGCCAAGCCUUUGGCUGCAUUGGUCACUCAUAAAGGAAGAGAGAUUUUGAUGCACACCAAAGAAAUGGUGCAGAGGAUGAAUCUAGAGGUCAUAUACGGGGAUACCGACUCCAUCAUGAUCAACACCAACAGUACCAAUCUGGAGGAGGUCUUCAAACUGGGAAACAAGGUGAAAAGCGAGGUGAAUAAACUCUAUAAGCUUCUGGAGAUUGACAUUGAUGGCGUGUUUAAGUCCCUUCUGCUGCUGAAGAAGAAGAAAUACACAGCACUGUUGGUUGAGCCUCAGGGAGACGGCAAAUACACCACCAAGCAAGAGCUCAAAGGUCUGGACAUUGUGCGCAGAGACUGGUGUGACCUGGCCAAAGAGUGUGGCAAUUAUGUGAUUGGUCAGAUUCUGUCAGACCAGAACCGUGACACUAUUGUAGAGAACAUUCAGAAACAUCUGAUUGAGGUUGGAGAGAAGGUGGCCAAUGGCAGUAUUCCACUCAACAUGUUUGAGAUACACAAGUCACUGACAAAGGAUCCUCAGGACUACCCUGACAAGAAGAGUCUCCCCCACGUCCAUGUUGCCCUCUGGAUCAACUCCCAGGGUGGGAAGAAGGUUAAAGCGGGUGACACUGUUUCUUAUAUCAUCUGUCAGGACGGUUCAAACCUGUCAGCCAGUCAGAGGGCGUAUGCCCUGGAACAGCUACAGAAACAGCCGGGACUCAGCCUGGACACACAGUAUUACCUGUCCCAGCAGGUGCACCCUGUGGUGGGCUGAAUCUGUGAGCUUAUUGAAGGCAUUGAUGCAGUGCUUAUCGCCACAUGGCUAGGGCUCGACCCAAGUCACUUUCGAGCUCAACAGCAGCAGCAACGUGAGGAUGAAGGGGACAAUUUUCUGGGUGCUCCAGCCCAGCUCACUGAUGAAGAGCGUUACCGUGAUUGCGAGAGGUUUACUUUCACUUGCCCUGACUGUGGAACCGAAAACAUCUACGACAACGUGUUUGAAGGGGCGGGGAGCUCCUUACAGCCCAGCCUGAUGAAUUGCUGCCAUAUCCCCUGUCGGAGCAGCCCGAUUGAGCAUCCUAUCCAAAUUAGCAACAAACUGCUACUGGACAUUCGCCGCCACAUCAGGAGAUACUACAGUGGUUGGCUGCUGUGUGAGGAUCAGGCCUGCCAGAACCGAACCCUUCGGCUGCCUAUUGCGUUCUCGAGGUCCGGACCGAUCUGUCCAGUCUGUCUCAGAUCCACACUGAGGCCUGAGUAUUCAAAGAAAGCUCUCUACAACCAACUGAGCUUCUACAGAUACAUCUUUGACUGGGAAUACGCCGUCAACAAGGUCCUGUCAGGAGAGGAUAGAUUGAAAUUCAAGAUUGGCUGGAAAGAAGAAAAGGGUGUGUACAAAAUGCUGAAGGAUGUAAUGGACAACGUCCUCUUCACCAGCGGAUACUCUGAGGUCAACCUCGCCAAACUUUUCCAGGCCUUCACAGCCCUCAAGUACUGAUCAACUGUCUGAAGAAGACCUGGGUGAUCAGAUAUGGCAUAAUAUUUAUGCCUUUCUGACUACCAAGAGAAGCCUUACUAUGUUAUGUUUUCAUCUUUUAAUUCCGGUCUGCUGUAAAUACACUUUGUGGUUUUGUAAUCGAUGCUAUAUACUAGCUCACCUCACUGUGCAUUUGUAAUACCUGACAGCAUUUUUGAUCCUGAUGGCUUGGAUAUGAAUUAAGGUCAAAGGUGACGAGCUCACAGUCAGUCUGCAUGUAAUCACCAAACUUUUCCAUGUUUGAGCACCUGUCUCUCACUGUAAUCUGUGUUCUUGUGUCCCAUCCCAUUUAGCCUUUGUCCAGGUCUAAUCGAUGAUGAGUCUGUGGUAAAAUGGCCAUGAUAAGCGGCUAAAGACGCUCUCAACACAACCCAGCCCCCCACUCCCCGGGUAGCACCACACACACACAGGGUUUUUGAGAUAACAAUCAGGGGUAAUGACAGGCAAGUUCAUGGGGACUUGUAGCGGUUUGAAGGGGUCUUAGUUCAGUAAUGACUUCUCUACUGCCCCCUUCAUCUUUAACAGCAUAGCAAUUAGCCAAUGAUACAGAGGUAGCCAGUGAUUUGUGGAGUUUCAAAUGUUUAAACUCCUAUCUGAACUGCUCUCAGCUGGCAUGUUGCAAAUGUAUUAGACAAAUUGCAUCGUUUGGUCUGAGACUGGCGGGUUGUGUUGCAUAUUUUGGACGUUUAUUGCUUUUAUAAAAGUGCCUCUAGAUUCUUAAUUGUUUUUGAUACUGAAACAUCAGUAAAAGUAUUUUUAUAUUCACCCCCCCCCCCCCCCCCCCCAUUUUGGUUAUUUUAUUUCACCAUGCUGCAGGGAGUGAUGACAUUUACACAUUUGAAGAGGGCGAGUUAACUUCUCCAAAUGGAAGGCUCCAUUUUCAAGACCUGGAGAAUAGCAAGCCAAGAGUGUGUGAAAGCGAGGAGAUUAGUCCACUUAAAUCGAGUUGGGUUUAAGAAUGUGGUGCUUCACUCGCUCAUUCCAUGUGUUUAUAAUGACAGUUAGACGAUGUCUUAAACCAUUUCAUCAGAUGUCAAUUUCCAUAAAUGCCAUGCUUGGAAAAAAAUUGACUUAAACGGCUGCGACUAAUGGCACCGACCUUGGAGAGUGCAGCAACACUUAAGAGCUACUUUCUGUCCACAGCAUGACAGACGGCAUUUUGCGCAUUGUAGGCCUUUGCUGCUGAUGUAUUAAACAUACAUCAACCCAUAUAUACAUUUAGCUUAAUGUGUGCUUCGGAACGAUACUUAACAAAUGCAGGUAGUUCCUGAAACUCAUGUCAAACUUUUAUAAGAUUAAGUCGUCACAUGAUGUGGGGUUUUCAGUGGGACAUUCCUUUAACUGUGAACGCGCUUUUGUCGUGCCAGCGGAGGCUGUUUUCAAACUGGGCCACUCAAUGCAGACAAGGCUUUGCAUUAAUUUACCUCACUAAGUUAAUAAGAAUGAUUCGUUUUUGUUAUGCUAAGCUUUAUUGCCUGUCUUUUUGACCAGAAUGGUGGUGUUGAGCAAAGCGGUGGACAAGGUUCUCUUUGAUGAGGGAAUUAGUGCCCUAUUCUUUCUCUAUUAUUCAUGGCAUCGUGGAAUAUGUAAGUACCCGUGGGUGUCAAAAGGAAAGCCGGCCCUAUUGCAAAGUGCUCCUCUUGUUUCUCUGAAUAGCAGGCUAUGAGAUGAUAAACCGCUUAAUACACUGGACUAAUUGGAUGAGGGUAAAAGAGACGAAGGAAUUAAGGCACACCAAAAGGGGACAAGGUUCCAGUGGCCCGCCAUUCAGCCCUUUUCACUGUGAUUUCUUACUCAACUGCUCCAAUUGGAGACGAAAGGCUCAUCAAAGCGCCUUUAGUGCUUUCACCUAACCUCGCUGUCUCGAGCUGUGUCGGGAUGGAAAAGGCGUGAUUAUUCGCUGGUUGUUGAAGCACAACCCAGUGAGCUAAAAUCAAGGAAAUGCAUGUGAAAUUUGACCAUACAUGUAUGGACUGUCAAAGUACACUUAAUUUGUAAUGUUGUAGUUUGCAUAUAGGUGGGUCUUUUCUCAAAAACGAAAAAUGCUGUUGUGUUAUUUGUGAACAUGUAAAUGACUUUUAAAAAAGUUACUAUUAAAAAAUUCUAUAAAGAUACCAUUUUGCCUUCCCCUCAGCUGUUUCUAUUAGUAUAGCAAAUUCGCACAUUUUGAUUUUGUGAGAAAUAUAUCUAUUAUAUAUCCUUUUUUUCUGUUGUAUUGACCAUUA